UUGUAGAGUGCGUGGAAAAAUUUGUCAACUAAAAAUUCAGUACGAUUAAAUUUCUAACAAAAUGUCACGUCGUUCUUUAUUCGAUGUAGAUGAUGACCAACAGUUUCGUAAAAUGGCCAGCGGUGAUGCGGUAAACUAUCCAAAGAAAAAGAGCACAGAACCCAUCUACAAUCAAGAUGGCUCCGAUAACAAAAGGUCGUUCUCCAGCGCCUUUCGAGCCGUGAAUGAAACGCACCCAAACCCCAUACCCUCCAAGGUCCGCAUCGACAAUGUUGUUCAGGACUUUGGACUUGAGGAGAAUCCUGAUCCCAAAAACAGGCAAAUGCCACAACCAAGUUCAUCAAGGAAUGUCAAGAGUCGACGAAGGCCCAACGAACGAAAAAUAUCUCCAGAUGUGCGUCAAACUGUUCCAAAACCUACCGUCGGUACAGAACCCUCACCGCUAAUGGAAUCGGUUGAGACCGUGGUGGAUGAGCAUGAUACAGAUAUGCCGUCGUCAGAGGAUAUUUGGAAAAGCUUUAUGGAUGUGAAGAAUGGGCUUAUAAAGCCCUCGGAAGCAGUAUGGCCUUUGUGUUGCAUGGCGAAUUCGGAGGCUCCCAAAACUCCGCCUCCGAGUUUAUCGGAAUCUCCAAAUUCCAACGAAUUCCCCCCGAAAAGAGUUCGAGUUAACGAAAACCGAAAUAAGAAUACUUUUGAAACUGGUUUUGGGAGGAAAAUCGGAGAAAAUGAGCAACGGGUCUUGGAUCAGUGGAUAGAAUCGGAGGGGCUCAACGGGUACCAUAAUGAUAGAGAAGAAUGGGAUUCAAAGGGAAAGGUCGAUAGUGAAGCCCAAAAGCCUCAAAUUCUGGACAAUGAAGAUGUCGCCGUUGCUAACUAUACCAUUGGAAUCGAAGAGGAGCGGGCCAUCAAGGAAUGGAUAAAAUCGGAGGGGCUCAACGAACCCCAUAGUGAUAUAGAAGAGUUCGAUAUGUUAUUAAGCCUAGCCAGAGAACAUGAGAAGAAUCGUGAUCUUCUGUUGGAGUUACUAAAGCCCAAGGAUCUUAUCUCCCAGGAAAAGGAUGUUUGGAAAAAGUUUUCUCCAAAGGUGUUCGAAAUGCCGCAAAACCCUGAUUCCGUAGAGCCUGAGUUGUGGAAACCCGCACCCAACGAAAAGGUUUCCGUUGAAAAUAUUCCAGAAAAGGAACAACAGAAAGCAACUGAAUUCAAUGUGGGAAAACCAGAAAAGCCAGUUAUCCUCGAGGUCAAAGACAUUAAACCAUUACCGCCGAGGCCCGAGGAUGAGGAAGCUAUCCAGAGUUGGCUACAGCAAUGCAGUGAAAUCAUUUACCAACAACUGCAAGUCCUCAUAUAUGAGGACAGUUCCAACAAUCCAACUGCUGCAGAACCAUCGGAGACUGUUCGCCUCGAGGACUUCGAGUACAUCCUUGACCAAAACAUGACGGAGUUCAGGGACCCCCAAGCUAAGAGACUCCGCUUAAAGUGGAACCAGCAGUUUGGAUCAAAGUCGCUGGAGAAUUUGAGGCGAUGUCUUCUGCUUCCGCCUCUGCCAGAUCACUUAGACCAGUGCCUCCAGAGGAUUAGAAUCCUAAGGCGUCCCAACAAGCGCAAGGUCGUGGAAUUGCGCAUGCGCGUCGAAAUGAAUUUUUGCAAAAUGUAUUGCACACUGAGUAUAAAUAAGAAAUUGAAUCUGCAAAAUACGGUUAGGAACCUAAGGAACGCCGUUUACAAUGACGACAUCGAUGUGAUCCAAGUCCGGUAUGAGGCCACACAGAUAGCCUGGAUUUGGUCCGAUGGCAGUGUUUUGAUAAUCAAUGGAAGAGGCCAUGAGAUGCUUGCCGAAACACAAAGAGAUUUGAUGUUUAGGACCCUUGGGAAGGCGAACUUCAAAGCCGACUCCUCAAACAAGCUUCUUCAUUUGCGUCUCAUUUCCUGUGGCCACUUUCCAUGGGGGAUCUCUUUGCCGGAGUUCACUGCUUCAAGCGUUCUUUUUCCUGAGCCCCAUAUGAAGUAUGUCUACUACGUGGACAAGGCAGUUCCCGGGGUGGCGGCCCGUGUUCAUGAGACGGGAAUGAUCCAGGUGUUUGCCAUGACCACGGGUGAGGCGGAUAAUAUGCUGAAGAAACUGUACCUUCUUACGGCCAAUCACCGCAAAGCCACCAUAGACGUCAUCAAAAAGGAACCAAUGGACUACGACUGAACAAAAAAAUCUUACUUACCAGUUAGAAACAGAAUGAUGUAAGCAUGUCAUCGAUGUAAGCAUUACUAGAAUAGUAAUUGUAAUAAAGCUGAGAACCCUUUGGUAAACAA